AUGGCCAACAAAACCAAUCACGUAAAGAACGUCUGGAGAGCCUGUGAAUUCUGCCGGAAGCACAAAGUUCGCUGCGUACCCGCAAGAGAUUGUACGUCGGCUAAUCCGCAGGGUCACUGCCAGCGAUGCGCGGACGCGAACAGGCCAUGUCUUUUCACCCCGCCAACUCGUACCAAAGCGAAACGAUCUGACGUGAGGAUCAGAGAGCUGGAGAGGAAUGUCGAAGCGCUGACUGCUCUUCUGAGGAAUGGGCAAUCCACCGGUCCAUUCGGAAAUAGGGAGACAGAUACAAGACCGGUGUUGGAUGAGGCGGCGAGAGCGGUGGUAGAAGGAGCCGAUGGCGAAGUCGAAAGACCUCAGCCGGAGACCAGAAAACCGUGGCUGAAGAGGAAAAGACCAGUGUCUGGCGAAACAGACCUCGACCGUCAACGGCCAUCAAGUUCGCAGAUGGUUGACUCGGAAAAAUCGACAUCCACGCCCGGUGCUGGGGUCCUGGACGUUAUUGAUAGCGGCUUGCUGUCCAUCCGCACAGCGACCGAGCUCUUCAAUCGCUACGUCAACGACCUGGCACCUCAUCGACCCAUUGUCGUCUUCCCGCCGGAGACUGACCUCAACUGCUUGCGAACCCAGAAACCGACUCUGGCUCUUGCAAUUCUGGCUGUUGCUGCGGGGACUGUGGACCAGCAUCUUGCCAAAACGCUCAACACUCGAAUCAAGCAGGUGUAUGCGGACCGUGUGAUGGUCCAGGGAGAGAAGUCCCUGGAAUUGAUCCAGAGCCUCCUAGUCACCGCGAAUUGGUACCACUCCCCCGAGAGUUUCGACGAGUUGAAGUUCUAUCAGUACCUCCACCUUGCCGGCGCCAUGGCCAUUUACAUUGGUCUUGGUGAAGUCAGCUCCACGGGCACGAAAUGGGCCGAAGUAAGGCCUGGAUCGGUACUUCGAAAAGGUAACCACGGGCUCGAAGUGGACAAGGGCUGUAUCGAAAGUCGAAGGACACUGUUGGCCUGCUACUUGUGCUGUGCCAGCGUCUCACUCGGUUUUCAUCGACUCAACAUGUUCCCCUUUACCACGCACAUGGCUGAAAGUCUCGAGAUUCUUGAGACCUCUCCCUGUGCCGCCCCCACUGAUCCUCGUCUUGUCGCGUGGAUUCGCCUUCAGCUUAUUAUGGAUACGUCCGCCCCCUCUCUUGGUCUAAACAACACCGGCAAUGAGAUCAGUCUCGCAGACCAGCAAAUCCAGCUAGCACUCAAAAACUGUUCGAAGCAACUCAAAUCAUGGGAGAAGCAUACCGUUUUUCCCGUAAUGAAUGAAACCCUCUCCAUCAAUUACCAUUACUUCACCUGCAUCCUCCACGAAAUCGGCUUCUACGGCGAAUUCGACCCGGAAGACUUCAAACCCCCCUACACAAUCAGCAAGUUCCGUCCAGCCACUUUCCCUAAAUAUAGCAACUUCACUCCAAUCCAUCUCUCCUCCAUCACGACAUGCUUAUCUUCAGCACGUACCAUUCUCGAUACAAUGCUUCGGAUGACAACACACCAACUCCGAUGCAGCCCUUGCAUAGUGUUUGCUCGCAUGUGCUAUGCUGUAGUGCUUCUCCUCAAGAUCUCCCUUUCGGCGUCAUCCACAGAAGGUGCGCUCAACGGCGUCUGCGAUUUCGAUAUGACGAAUGUGGGAACGUAUCUUGAGCAGCUCGAGUUCAAACUGAGAGAGAUAGCCAACGGACAGAUCCUCCGAUCGGGAGCAACGUUCCUGGGCGUGGUCGCCAAGCUCGGCGAAUGGUAUCGAAAGCAUCAGUUGAAUGAAGAACUAAGGCGGGACUCGCCGAACAUGGACGCGGAUGAAUUUGAGCUUGUCGAGCCGUUGAAGCAUCUUUACGUUUCAAUGCCCCAUACUCCUCCCGAUGAUGGAAGUAGUUCUCUGACCACGACCGCCACGGGCUCCAAGUCGGCGAGUGCAGCCCAGGACACUGCAGGUGAGCCACAUCGUGACCCCUUUUCGCUCAACAAUAUCCCCGCCGUUAUCGACGAUGACUUCCAAGACCUUCAAAUAACCGCCUUCUACCCAUCCCAAGACGACACCAUGUUCAGCUUCGAUUCCAGCGGCCUUUCCUUCCCGUCCAUCCGUCAACAUGAAGUCGCUUGCACUAUUUCAAACACGAACAAUAUCCAGGCGGAUGUGGACGGCAUGGCCAUUGGUGUCAACGUCGAUGCUGACCAGCAUGCGUGGAAUAUGGACGCCUUUCUGGAAUAUGGAUGCCUUUCUUGA